UCCUGCGCGGAUGCUGGGGCUGUAGGCGUCGCGCUUUCGGCUCGUUGCGGCUCACAGGGAGGAGGACGCCCGGGCUCGCUUAUCCCUCUGCUGCCUCCGCCACUGCCAUGAUUCCAGUGUCGCUGGUGGUAGUGGUGGUGGGCGGCUGGACUGCCGUCUACCUGACCGACUUGGUACUGAAGUCAUCUGUGUAUUUUAAACAUUCCUAUGAAGACUGGCUGGAAAACAACGGACUGAGCAUCUCCCCUUUUCACAUAAGAUGGCAAACUGCUGUUUUCAAUCGUGCCUUUUACAGUUGGGGACGGCGGAAAGCAAGGAUGCUUUACCAGUGGUUCAAUUUUGGAAUGGUGUUUGGUGUAAUUGCCAUGUUCAGCUCUUUUUUCCUCCUCGGGAAAACACUGAUGCAGACUUUGGCGCAAAUGAUGGCUGACUCUCCCUCUUCUUCCGCUUCUUCCUCUUCCUCUUCUUCUUCCUCCUCUUCUUCUGCUUCUUCCUCUUCGUCAUCUUCCUCUUCAUCCUCUUCCUCCUCCUCCUCACUUCACAAUGAGCAAGUGCUCCAAGUUGUGGUUCCCGGUAUAAAUUUACCUGUCAACCAACUGACCUAUUUCUUCGCUGCAGUUCUCAUUAGUGGUGUUGUACAUGAAAUUGGACAUGGGAUAGCCGCUAUUAGGGAACAAGUUCGAUUUAAUGGCUUUGGGAUUUUUCUCUUCGUUAUUUAUCCUGGAGCAUUUGUUGAUCUGUUCACUACUCAUUUGCAACUUAUAUCACCAGUCCAGCAACUAAGGAUAUUCUGUGCAGGUAUCUGGCAUAAUUUCGUCCUUGCACUCCUUGGUAUUUUAGCUCUUGUGCUCCUCCCUGUAAUUCUCUUGCCAUUUUACUACACUGGAGUCGGGGUGCUUAUCACGGAAGUUGCUGAGGACUCACCUGCCGUUGGACCCAGAGGCCUUUUUGUGGGAGACCUUGUCACCCAUCUACAGGAUUGUCCUGUUACUAAUGUACAAGAUUGGAAUGAAUGUCUAGAUACCAUCGCCUAUGAGCCCCAAAUUGGUUACUGUAUUAGUGCAUCAACCUUACAGCAGUUAAGCUUCCCAGUUAGAGCAUACAAACGGCUAGAUGGUUCGACCGAAUGCUGUAACAAUCACAGCCUCACGGAUGUGUGCUUUUCCUACAGAAAUAACUUUAAUAAGCGUUUGCACACAUGCUUACCUGCCCGGAAAGCCGUUGAAGCCACGCAAGUUUGUAGAACCAAUAAAGAUUGUAAAAAAAGUUCAAGUUCAAGUUUCUGUAUAAUACCUUCUUUGGAAACUCAUACUCGCUUAAUAAAAGUGAAACAUCCACCUCAAAUUGAUAUGUUGUAUGUAGGCCAUCCACUGCACCUUCACUACACAGUGAGCAUCACCAGUUUUAUCCCACGUUUCAACUUUCUAAGCAUAGAUCUGCCUGUGGUUGUGGAGACAUUUGUCAAGUACCUGAUUUCUCUUUCAGGAGCUCUGGCUAUUGUUAAUGCAGUGCCCUGCUUUGCCUUGGAUGGUCAGUGGAUUUUAAACUCUUUCCUAGAUGCUACCCUUACCUCAGUGAUUGGAGACAAUGAUAUCAAAGAUCUGAUAGGAUUUUUCAUCUUGCUUGGUGGUAGUGUACUUCUGGCUGCCAACGUGACCCUGGGACUCUGGAUGGUUACAGCACGAUCACGAGACAGAUCUGCUGCAAUCCUGGUUACCAUUCUCCACAAAGCUUUGAAGCUCAAAACCCUUUCAGGGUAGACGUUUUCUCUUGUGCUGCUGGGGUUAUCUGCGGCCUAGGUCCUGGGUUCCUGCCUUCAAGGAGCAACUACCUUAAGCUCUCAACCAUACUCUGUCCUCACCAGCAGCUUCCAUGUUUCUCUGUAUUGACUGUAAACACCCAGUCCUUGCUUUCCAUCUUUCUCCUAAGCUACCUCUAUGGGUCCACAGAAGACUUGGUAGUACAGUGAGAAUGACUACACAUGAGUACAGAUGUGGAUUUGCCAGAGCCUGGGAACUGACUCUUGAGCCCAAAAGAGCCCUGAGUAGUUCAAGGUCUUUUGGACUGGAGCUGGAACCCUGGAAGACCCAGGAAGUCAACAGGCCACUGUGAAGCUCUUGGUCUUCUAAAGAAGUGUCUGAGUGUACUGUUCUUUGUUGAAAAAUACGUGCUUCCUUCAUACACUCAAGAACAUUAACAACUGUGUACCCAACUUUUUCACUAAGUGAGGCAUUCCUUGGGGUUCACCUUUUUCUGAUUAUUGAGCUGCUCUUCAGCAAUAAAGGUUUUUAAUUUUUAAGAAGUUCUUUAGACUGUAUUGCAAGUUUGCCUGCCUUCUUAAAUAGAAAUUAUUUAUUGAGUAUACUGUUAAGAUUUUAUGAAUGACUUGAUGUCAUCAGUUAUUACCACUACUAAAAUCAUACAAGUUAUUCUUUUAUCCCAGGAAAAAGGUGGUUGUUGUAUUCUUAGGUAGAUAGUCAUUCGGGAUCAAAGUCUGUUAGCAGAGAGCUCAGACCUGUUUAGAUAAUAGAACUUGGAGAAUACCAUGAAAUACUUGCAUAAUUAAUUUGAUAACAUGAACUAUGCAGUUUACUAAUGAACAUGUUGUAUAUGUGCAGGUCAGUUUUUUAAAACAAAAAAAUUUUAAUAGAGGAAAUCCUACCCAUUAACUUCUUUUUCUGGGUGGGGAAAAAAAAACAGCUACAACCAAACACCUCACUUUCUUGUAGCAUUUGAACAUCUUGGUCUCUUGCUCUAUAGGGUCGGGAUUUGAGAACCACUCUUAUUAGGAUAAUGAGCAGAUCAGUUGCAUUUGCAUAGAAAUGGCCUCAUCGUGUAAGAUAGGAAAUAUUAUCUGUUGUCUCUUAGCUUGAUUGUGGGCACUUCUAGAGCAAGGACCAUGCCAUACUCAGCUUUGCAUCCCUGGCACAGUGCAUGAGACAUCAUAAAUACUUAAUAAACGUGGUUGAAUGAAUGAUGAAUACUGGUAUUUAUGGAUUAGAAAAGCAUGUCUCUAUUUAAGUAAGCUAUGAAUAGUAUUAUUGAAUAUUUACUGUAAAUAUAUGUUAACAACAAAAUAACUUGGAAGGUCUUUGUGUCCCUAGUAUAUUAUCAUCUUUAUGAAAAUAACCCAUUUUGGUUAAUGUAGAGCAAUUAGAAAAAUGAAUUACUUUGAGGAUUUGAAAAAAAUGUGCUUUCUGUGUUGUCACAUUGUUCAACAGUACUUUAUUUUCAGUGUUCUACUCUACAUUGUUUACAUUUUCCACAGUUUUUUAAAUCACCUACAAUGUGUAAAGAACAUAUAUAUUCUUUUCAUCUCAGUUGGAAAAGACAUGCGUUUUAACUUGACCUUUUGAUAAUCGUUCUUAUAGGGUCAUUGUCAUCUAUUCUAACAGCAAAUUUUAGACAGGCACUUCAUGGAUACAUGGCUCUCCGUCAUCAGUUUGUCCUGUGGUAUUUAUUGAAUGUCCACAUACUAAUUAAUGGUGCACAGGUAUUUUUUUCUAUGGAUCUUUCUUUCAACUAUGCUGUAAUUCAUUCUUAGUAUUCAAGUUGAAGAUACCAUAGCCGCUGGCAUUUGAUGUUUAGCAAUAAAAGAAUAAAUGUGUACCAGCA